AAGGUGCAAAUAAUUAUGUCUUCCUCAUCCGAGCAACAAAAGAUAGCGAAUUACCGCAAGGAUGUCGACAAGCGGCUGGAGAAGUACCAGGCGCUGCGCGACUUGGACGUCUUCGUGCUAGACAACUCGAUGCGUGAGAGCACCGUGGGGCAGCUACGGGGCCACACCCUGGAAAGCAAGUGGCAGAUCUACGAUGAGGUCAAGAAGUGCGGCUUCAAGAACACCAUCGUGGCCUCCUUCUCGCACAUGACCCGCGUGGACGACGUCUUCAUCAAGCAGCUGACGGAGCGGGGCGAGGACCGGCAGGGCCUAUGGGCUUUCUCAGAGAUUACCGCAGGCGCCAAGGGCAAAGUCCCCGAUACCGAGUCCGUCCCCGUCGGUAUCCGCAAGUUGUGCGAGGUCGGCCUGUACAACGUCAUCUUCGAGGUGGACCUCAGCGAUGGAGUCUACGACUUCGAGUUGUUCCCCAUGCCGAAGCUGCUGAAACUGAUCAAGAAAUGGAUGGUGUGGUGCCACGAGAAUCUGCAUCCUAAGGCCAAGAUCAUGUUUAAUAUCCGCGAUUUGGCGGAAACCAUGCCCGACCAUCCGGAGCGCGUGUUCCAGACCGUGGCCUACCUGGCCAACCUGCCGGGGGACCUCCGUCCCUUCGGCAUGAUGUUCGAGGAGCCCAGCGGCAAGACCUUACCGGAGGAGUGCGGGGCCUGGGCCAAGUACAUCCGCCAGACCAUGGACGAGAAUAAGUGGAAGGGCCACCUGCUUGUCCACGUGCACGAGAAGUUUGGCUACUGCGAUGCCACAGCUCUGCAGGUCCUGAUGGACGGUGCUGACGGUAUCUGGGCCAGCGUCUGCGCCGAGGGUGCCGCCAUGGGCCACGCCUCCACCUGCGUCACCCUGCUGAAUCUCAUCCGACUCGGCAACAAGAAAGUCCUGGAGAAAUACAACUGCACCUACCUGAGAAAGGCCGCCAUCAACGUGACCAAGAUCACUUCGGGCUCGGCUCCGAACGGGAGGCAGCCAGUCUACGGUCCCCGGGCUACCGAUUUCGUCUUCGGUCUGAAUCCUGAGGAGUUCGACUUGGCCAGCUUCUUCGGGGAGAAGGCUCCCGUGCGAAUCACCACCAUGGCCAGCAAGGAGAUGAUCCAGCAGCGCUUGGUCAGGCUCUUCGGGAACGAUCCGCAGUUCACUCUGGACUUGACCAGCAAGAUGAAGGCGCUGAUCUUGGAAGAUCUCCGUUCUGGAAGGAAGGAAGAAUACAUGAGCAAGGUCGGCCUAGCGUUGCUUCUGGACCGCGCUGGGGGGAAAGUCACCGAGCCUAUGCGAGACGCCAUCGACAACGUACAGCUCCGUGGCCCCAACGCCAACAACCUCAUCAAAAAGAUCCGCAAGAUGUGGGACGAGUGGGACGUGAAAGACAAGGUCCAAGGCGACGACCUGCUCCAGUACGAUAACUUCUACAACGGCUUCAUGGCACCGUACUUUUCCUGCUACCGUUGCUCCGACACCAGACGCGCUCUCCAGGCCGUCGACAUGGAUGCUGACGGUCAAGUAGAUUGGAACGAGUUUCUGGUCUACCUCAAGUGGGCGCUGCACGAGUAUCCCGACAUCGCUGACACGGAGCAGCUGCUUGAUAUUGCCUUCCGUAAAGGUCUGAUCCCGGCCAUGCGAGAUGAAUUGCUCUAUAAAAAAUAGUUGGUCUCGGUCAAUAGAAAGGCAUAAGUGCCCACAAUCUUGGUCA